AUGGAAUGGCUGAUACAAGGCCUGCUUGGGGCUGAAGGGGACAUGGAGCUUCUCUGGGGCCAGUUGACCCAUGCCCUGGCCUGCAGACACUGUGGCAGCAGUUGCCUCCAGAGUCCAGGGAUUCUGGUGACACUAUUCUUGUUCAUGGUUUGGCAGAUCCGGAGGUGGUGGCAGUUUGGGAGGUGGCGACAGCUUCAACCCUGGUACUCUGGGGACAUGAUGCAAGGCAAGGGCCUACCACUUCUGUACCGUGUGGCUUUCCUUGAUCACCUGUGGAAGCACAAGUCAGAGGAAGAAGAGGAAGAGGAAGAAGAGGAGACAUCUCUGGAUCCACUGACGCCAUGUUCUCUUCCCAAAGAAGCUCCCAUUGGAGAGCAAGCCACCACAGCUCCAUCUCAACCAUCCUGUGGUUCUGAGGACCUCCACAAAGCCACAGGUACACCAAAGCAAGUACAUACACAGACCCCAAGCCCUUCCAGAUCCUUCCCCACCUUUCAGAUCCUGACCAACCUGCCUGUGAGGCACAAAACAGAAUCAGGAAGCUAUCUACAUCAGAGAAAAAGCCAGCUCUUCUGGGGUCUUCCUUCUCUGCACAGUGAGUCCUUGGAGGCCAUCUUCCUGAGCUCAGGUGGCCCCUCUCCCCUGAAGUUGUCUGUUGGUCCUUUUGUCUUCUUCAACAAGCUUGCCUUCCUGCCUAGGUCCAAUCUGCUGCUUCCCCAGUAUUGCUCCCCAACCCAGCCUCCUACCCAUGAAAUCCAUACUACAGAAGAUCUGGAAGGAAUGGCCCUUGAUCCUCAGCAACUUCCUCCUCCAUCUUCCCCUUCCAUCCCAUCGCUACCCUUCCAUCUUGAGUCCUUUCCCAUGGACUACAAGGGAGUCCUAUCUAGUGCUAAGGCACAUAUACAAACUCCAGGAAGUCAGCCCCUGGGAGUUUCACCUGGAUAUAAAACUCAGUGGAGAACAACACGACAUAAAGAGAGUUCGCAAGCCUUUGAGACUCCAAUGCCAGCUCCCUGCCAACCCCCAGAUGCUCUGUCAGAACGCCAGAAAAUCAUCCCUGAAGGAGGACUUUUUGCACCGAAGGACUUCUGGGAAACCACGAGUCACAGAGAGAGCCCUCAGACCUCUAGGUCUCCAAUGCCAUACUCCUGCCCUCCCCUAGGUCCCCUGCAAGAACUCCAGGGAGGAAGAUCUCUGGGAGAUCCAUCUAGGUAUAAGCCCCAGUGGGGACACAGAGAAAAUUCAGGAAACCUGUGGGCCUUUAAGUCCCCAGCCCUGGACCUCAACCCAGGGCUCUAUGGAACCAGCCCUGAAUGUGUCCCACCAAGAUCUGGGACUCCAUGGAAGGGCAGGCAGAGUAGAGGAAAUCUUUGGGUCUCUGCAGACCCAAUUUCUUCUCCCAGGCUUCCCUCAUCUCUGCGGGUGUCCCUAGAAAUGAGUUCCCAGGGAAUCUUGCUUGAGUCCAAAGCUUUGGAGGGGCAGAGAGAACACCUCUGGACCUCUGAGUCCCCAGCCCCUGCCCACAGCCCAUCUCUAGCUUCCACUCUAGAAAUCCACAGAAUCAAUCCUAUGGGAGGCCUCACUAGAUCAGAAGCUGCAUGGAGGGACGUUAAGCAUUCUAGGAAUUCCUGGGCUUCUGAGCCCCCAUCUCUGGCCCUCAGCUCACCCCCAGCUCUUAUACUGGAGCCCCUCAGAGCUAGCCCCAUGGGGGUCUUGUUUGAUUCUGAGGCUAGAUGUGGGGACAUAAAAAUGAGAAAGAACUCCUGGGCUUCUGAGCUCCCAGCUUGCAGCUUACAUCAAGACCCACACGGAGUCAGAUCCUUGGGAGCCCUAUCUGACUCUGAACCUAUUGAAGGGAACAACAAGCAGAAAGAAACCUGUUGCGUUUCUGGGUCCCAACUGUGGGGCCCUAGCCCACCUCCAAACUCUAAGUCAAAGUCUCACACAAGUGAGUCUCCUGGAGACCAAUGUACCUAUAAGCCUAAGGGGGAAGCAGUGGAAUGGAGAGACAACUGCCGGGCCUCUGAGCCCCUAGCCCCAACCCCUAGCUCUCUCUCUGCUCCUCUACCAGAGCCACAUAUUGACCUUGAGUUUGUGUGGAGGAAUGUGCAACCAAGAGGGAUCCCCCAGGGCUCCAGUCCUCCAGCAGUGGAUCCCCUGUGGCCAAUACCCUGGCCUGCCACCUUAGCUAAAGCUCUGAAGAUUGAGCCCAACCAGCCUGACCUACCCAAGAGAGAACUGUUCCCAGGGUCUAAGGCAGAGAUUCCACCCUCCCAGGGAGAGGCUCUCCCAGAGGUGCCCCCCAACUCCGGGGUCCAGGCCUGGCACUGGAGUAGAGAGUUGGAACUUAGGCUGAAAAAACUACAGCAGAGCCCUGCUUCCAGAUCCCCCGACCCAAGUCAAUCAUUUGGCAGCUCCCCCGCCCUGAGCUCCGCAACUCCAGCCUCCUGGAGACUCUCUUCCUGCCCCCCACAGCAGAAUCAUCCCUCUAAUUUGUGCCCCCACUCUUCAAGCUGUCAUCCCCCAAAAGUUCACAGCACAGUAGCUCAGCCUGUCCAGAUUUCCCACUGUUAUCACUCCCACUCUUCUUCCCAGCCUUGGCCACGAGGGUCUGGGAGGGCUGAACAAGGGUCUCAGAGACAGCAAAGAAUGAAGGUGAAGAUGGUAGCCCAGGUCUCAUCCCAGGGGCUGUGUGCUCACAUGGAGACUGGUGAGAACUGCUCAGACUUGAGCGAGCCCUCAAACCCUGAGGUUCUGGCCUUAGGCAAGAGACAGAACAAGACUUCAGCCCUAUCUUCAGCCAAAAAGAGAGAGAGCCCCAGGAAAACCAACGCAGGAGACCACAGAAGAGGGGAUCCAAGAUUGGUGUCAUCCACAGUUAUAGGGAAGAGCCACCCAGCCAAGGUCAGAAGACCAGUGGAAGCCCCUUAUUUAAGCAGACUUUCCCGAAGACCUCAGCACAAAGACCAGAGCUCUCGACACACUGCUCUCCCUCAGCAGCUUCACUCUAAGGCUGCAGUGCCCCAAAUUCAGCAAGGGGCAGGGCUGGGAGCUGGCGACAUCAUGACCCCUCAACGCUCUAAGCACUGCCCUUGGGCCCACAUGGAAAAGCAUUUCUCCUCCCCCACACCUCAGGUUCCCCUUACCAGGGGUCUCCAAAGAAUGUUAGCCAAGUUUCUGGGUACCCAUGGCCCCUGCCAACCAAAACCAGUAAGAGGAAAGGCUGGUAGUACUGGUACCCAAUACCCCAAGACUUAA